AUGGCUUCCAAUCAACCUGAUUCAUCUCCUCCAGCUGUCUCAGCUGCUGCUCCUUCACCUGCUGCCUCUGCUGCCGCAACUGCUGCUGUUAGUGCGGUCCGGGCUCCUAUCCCCCACCUGCCGCUCCCUUCAUACACCGUCCACCAGUCUCAGAGGAAACUCUUUUCUGACACUGCUGCGUUUGCAAUCCCACCUCCUCCUCCCCUCGGUGCUGCUCGUGCGUCUGAUUGCCGCCGAGUGCUGGUGGUGCAUCGGGGGGAUAUCACCAAGUGGUGUGUGGACGGUGCGACUGAUGCCAUUGGCUCCAGGCUGGGUGGCUUGGAUGCAGCCAUCCACAAGGCAGCAGGCCCAGCCCUCAAGAAGCUUUGGUUUGAGCUGCCAGUGCUGAGGAAUGGCCAUCGCUGCGAAGCAGGGGACGCUGUGACCACAGGGUGA